AUGGCAUCCCGGGGUUAUAAAAAUUUUCCUAGCAGAGAGGAUGGUUCUUCAUCUAGUGAUAAGUUUGAAAAUCUGGAGGAAAAUCCAUUUUAUGGCUUAAAUGCAAAAGAUAAUAAUGAUGGCCAUGAUGAAAUCUUGACUGAGGAGGACAAGCAAUUGGGUGAAAUCAUACUUAAACUAGUAUACUUGAAUGGAGAUGAAGCCAAAACAGUAAGAGCUUUUAGCAGACAACCAGAUUGGGUAUUGCAAAGAUUAGAAAUACAAAGGGAUGAAAUUAAAACCCCUAGAUCAGGAGUGAUAGAAAACAAAAGUAAAGAUGAGGGAAGUAGGGCAACAACAAAAUAUAGUCCCCCUCAUAUGAGAAAAAUGGAGCAACCUUUUAGAACCUUUGAUAACCCAUUAUUAAAUGGAAGCAGGAGAUGGGGGGAUGUACAUAAGGAUCAAAAUGAAGAAAGGAAUAGAAACAACCAAGAUAAUGGAGGAAGAAAUGGAAAUGAGGAGAAUGAUGGAGGUUGGAAUAACACAAACAAAGGUAGAAACAACAAUAAUAGCAAUGGAGGUAAUCAUGGAAAUAACAAUAAUAUUAAUGGUGGUGGAAACAAUUGGAACAAUGGUAAUUAUGGCAGAAAUGGUGGAUUCAGCAGAGGAAAUAUUAACAAUCAAAGCAACAAUCAGGGUGGUAGACGACCUAUGAGCAUUGAAAGAUAUAGGCAAUUGGAUUUCACUAGCAUUGUUGGUUAUCCAAAUCAAAUCACUAAAGAUUUAAGAUCAACAAUCCCCAAAUUCUCAGGAAAUGGAAUUGAUUCAGCAAAACAACAUGCAGUUAAUGUGAAAAAUAUCAUUGAAGAAUUUGAGGUACCUCAUGAGGACAUAUUCAUGAAAUUGUUUGUUCAAUCCUUGAUAGAAGAUGUAGGAGAAUGGUAUAGAAUCCUUCCUGAUGGAUGUAUCAAUAGUUGGGAGGAAUUUGUAACACUAUUCUUGGAAGAAUUUGGAGAUCAUAAUGAUCAUUCAUUUGCUUCCCAUUAA